UGAAGUACAAAGUUCGGCGCGAUAAAAUCAAACACUAUAUAUGCCAGUUGUAAGCGAUAAAAAUUCUCCUUCAGCUGGUGUGAUUUUGAGCACUUGUUUGCUUUGAAUAACUACAUUUUACAUCUACAUCAGGCGUUUGGAAAAUGGCUUACUGUGGACCAACUACUUACAAACCCGUUGCUCAUUGGGUACCUUCAUCCGGAGGAAGCGUACCACCAAAUGCCAUUGAAGUUGGUUAUGAUGGUGGCAAUGUCGUCUAUGUUGCUCGUGCACAUCACCAGGGAGAUAGUAUUCCAGGGAAACUCGUACCAGCUCAUGGGUCAUGCUAUGUUGCCUGGGGUGGCGAAGAACACGGCCAUCAUGAAUAUGAAGUCUUGGUUGCUCCCUAUGGAGUAAAUCUGGAGUGGAGAUAUGCAGCUGGAUCAGAUCUUCCACCCGGUGCCGUGCAAGGUGGAAGCACUGUAGAUGGGGAACCUUUGUAUAUUGGCCGUGCAAAUCAUGAAGGAGCUAUGUGCAGUGGAAAGGUACAUCCUAGUCAUGGAGUCCUUUACAUUCCUUACGGCGGAGGCGAGCAUCCCCACAGCAGCUAUGAAGUUCUUGUUGCCAGGAGUAUCAACUUCUAAACUUUGCACUAGGAGAAAAUUAUGUAGCUUACUAGUCUAAUCCACAGCCAGAAUCGUACCUUCCUCUGAUCCAAAUUUGUACAUACGUUUCUUUAGGUAACUUCAAAUAAAAAUUUUGUUACUGUUAA